CGAUUGCAACUAAUUUUGUUCAGUGCGAGUGCAGGAGAGUCUUUCAUCCAGGAUGCAUCAAGCCAUAUUCCAUGACAAAGUACGUGGAGUCUUGCUGCAAAACUUUAUCUGCUUCAUUAAAUACACCUUCUACUCCAGAGGUGGAUGGUGCAGCGCGAUUAUUUGAUUUUGGUAGUAUAGCUAUUCCUGCGGACACUGGCACUCAAUCGAAAGUGCAAACUGACACUGCGACUAAAGAGUUGUUCCUUAUGCUGGGUCUACAAUGCGAGUCUCAUAGUCGCAAGAAAGGUCGUUACACCUUUAUUUCCGGUCUUAGGACAGUCGUAUUCGUAGUCGCUCAAAUUGGUUCAAUUCCAACGACUACCUAUUCCAAGUCUUCCAACGAUUACCCACAAUAUAUCACUGCGACGGACCAGACUAGCGGAAAAAUAGUACGAAGAAGGGAAAAAGUUUAUGUUUAUUAUUACGAGUUCCGAGUUUCCUUUUUCAUUAUUUCCGGUCUUUAGGACAGUCGUAUUCGUAGUCGCUCGAGUUGGUUCAAUUCCUAUUCCAACGACUACCCACAAUAUAUCACUGCGAUGGACCAGACUAGCGGAAAAAUAGUACGAAGAAGGGAAAAAGGUUAUGUUUAUUAUUACGAGUUCCGAGUUUGCUCUUUUAAAACAUGAAUAUGGAAAAUAUGGAUUUGUAUACUCAAUAUGAAUAUUUGGAGGAAGAUGAAGAGGAGAUAAAUGAAGAAAAUUCAGACCAAGUUCCAACAACCGUCUUGGAAGACAUUUAUAAUAUUGAUAAAAAACUUCAAGAUGACUUGAACCUGAUUGCGCUUGUUGAAGGCAAUUGUAGACUUUAUGCCAAAGGAAAAGCGGGUUACAAGAAUGUACAAGAAAAAGAAAUGGCAUGGGUUUCUAUUGGUAAAGCCUUAAAUAUAAGUGGAUCAGAUGCGAAACACAGAUGGGAUACGCUACAAAAUCUCUAUAAUCGCUCAAGGCGAGAAAUAUUGGUGUUAAUAGAACAAGGACGGUCAGGUUCAGGGAGAGAUAAUGUGUCAUAUGAAAAGUUGUUGACACCACAAAGCAUGGCUAUUCAUCGUUUCAUGGGUCAUCUGUAUAUUCCACGAAAGACACUCUCCAAUUAUACCAAAUCUAUGCCAUCUGCAUCAUGCACUUCUUCGUCUGGUUCUAAAAAUGUACUUCCCCUCAGGCCUGUCUCCAAAUCGUUAUUGACAAAGCGUCCACGACCUAUACCACCUAUACCUAUUUCAGAUUCAGAAGAAUCGACAACAUCAUUAACAGAUUCGCCAGACGUUCUUAUUUGUAAAGAAAACUUUGUUGACGACAUUUCUAAAAAUAAAAAAAGUAUUGGUGAUCAAGCAAGUGACUGCUCAUUCAUAUAGUACCUACUUCAGAUAUCAAAAAAAAAAAAGAAAACAGAUGGCGAAAUAGAAUCUGUGAUUAAAGAAUCCUCAAAGUCAAUAACUGCAGCUUGCUCAGCUUACUCAGCUUCCUUCCAGCAGACACAGAAAAAUGCAACUUCCAAGGCAGACACAGAAGAAGAUGAAACUUUAAUGUCAUUCUUGUCACAUGGGUUAAAACGUGUGCCUGUAGAACAGAAAAUAAGAUGCAUGAUCAAAAUAUUAGAGGUAUUGGAAUCAUUUCAACAAAAGUGAAUAACAAGACUGCGUAGUUAUUACGAACAGAAAGCACAAAAAUAUAUUAUUUUGUUAUAAAGUUUUAGAGCUUUAUAUAAAAUAUUGCAAUU